AUGGCGCUCCAGGCCGCAUACAAGCAGUUUUUAACUACGCCAAACGCAUCCUUCCUCGCCAGCGACGCGUCUCUGCACUACAUUACCACUCUCACCACCCUGCACGGCUCCGCAGAGAUUAUCAAAUACCUCAAUGGACAGAGCCAUGAGCUCAAGAAAGAGGAGAAGUUCCUCGAUGUGGUAGAAGGCCCAGACUCUCUAGCUGUAGAGGUCCACACCACUGUGGAAUUCCAGACCGGAGGUGGUGCAUAUCUGCCCAGCCUAGAUGACAACUUCCUCGCGGAUCGCAUUGUCACCUUGCCAAUCAUUCACAUCGUCAGCUUCGAUGCAAACGACAAGAUCCAGCAAAUCCGACAGAGCUGGGACCAGGGAUCGCUUCUCAAAUUGAUCGAUGUUAUUGGCAAGACUGGGCGCAACUGGCCAAUUCGCGAUGGAAAGGACCAAAUCAACUUGAUCGUAUCAAGUGUUAAGUCGACUGGCAAACCUUCCUCGGGAUCUACUUCGAAUGCUGCCGAUGCUGCCCGUUCCUCCCGCGCCAACUCUACGAACGUUACCCGCGAUCCUCAUGCAUCUUUAUCUCUCUUUGGGCCACGCGAAAAGGCUGCCGGUGCCGAGACCCGCCCAGCAGCUAUUGCUCGCGCUUCUUCAGCAAAGCCAGCACAGCGGAAUUACCAUGACUUGUUCGUCGGCAAUGAAUCAGACCAAUCUCCAACUGAACCUACCAGACCUACUGCCCGCGAACGUGCCGAGUCCCCCUCUAGAAACGGCGGCGUCAGGGGCAAGGGCGGUGCAGGAGCAGGAAAAAACUAUGGGCCUUCGCGCUUGUUCGAUACUGAGGAGCUUGACGAGGCUGAUCUCGUCCGACCAUCCCCCAUGAAAGAGACAAAUUCUAAGAAGUAUGAGCACUUUGACUUUGGUGAAAAUCAUGAUGCUCCUGCUCGUAAGGAGAAGACGAGCAAGCACGGAACUCAGUGGGGCUUUGAUGAUUUCAACACCCCUGCGAAGGCUGUCCCUGGCAAAGUUCAGCGCGCCAACGAGGUCCGACACUGGGGCAAUGAGGACGAUGAACUUGUUGAUAGCCCAGUCAAGCACCCAAAGGUGGACAAGCCAAGGAAGGACGCCCAGGCCCAUUUUGAGUUCAAGGACGAUGGUACUCCAGAGGCCGGGCGUCGCAUUAUUGGUCGACCCCGUGGGCAAGGCCAUAACGACGGUAUGGGUCUCUAUAGGAACAACGUUUAUGAUGAUGAGACUGGUGGACAGGCUGGAGGUGAUGAGCCGCAUAAAUUCAGACCCAUUGCGAAUGUAGUUGAUCGCCGCAAGGACUUUGACUCCCACUGGGAGAUGAAAGAUGAUUCUCCAUCAGCGAAACCUGCACCUCAGCGUAUCUCUGAAGACAGAGCCAAGGCAGUCAAGAUGAUGGAACCCAAUUGGAUCGCAGGUGAUAAAUCCCCAGAUCAGAAGGAGAAUAUGCCACCUACUGCCAAGGCUCCACUUUCCGACGCGACCAAUGCCAUGAGUCACAGAAACGAUGAGCACAAAGGAAUCGCCACGGGUGGUAAUGGAAUGGGUGGCAAGAAGGGUGUUGGUCGUCAAUGGGGCUUCGGUGAUGAUAGCGAUGGUGAGGAGGCCGAACACAACAAACCCAACAAAUUUCGAACCGGCAAGCAGGGAGGCAAGAACCAAGUGACUGGUGGUGAUUUCUGGGAUUUUUAA